AUGGAGUUCUUCAAAGUGUUCUCGUUUAGCUCCAACACAAUCUACUUGCUGGUAGCCUGUUUCUUGGUCACAUUGUUCGUAUUGCUGACGGAGUUCAGACAGAAAGUGUAUGUUAGAAGUGAUCUGGUGAAACUGGCGAAGAAAGUGUUGUUCGGACAAUGGUGGCCAGUGAUUUCGGUGAACGAUGAGAAUAACAAUACCACCUACCCGGCAGUGAAAGUGCUGAGAAGAGCUCCUGGUCCUAAGAGUUUUCCGAUUAUCGGCAACCUGAGAGAACUGGAUGGUUACGAUGUUCCCUAUCAAGCCUUCAGCGUGUUGGCCAACAAGUUUGGUCCAAUCGUCAACCUUAAAUUGGGCUACGUCGACGCGGUAGUAGUCAACGGAAUCGAAAAUAUCAAGGAAGUGUUAAUUCAUAAGGCACAGCAUUUUGACAGCCGACCGAACUUUCGCCGCUACCAACUUUUGUUUUCUGGAAACAAGGAGAACUCUCUCGCUUUUUGUGACUGGUCUGAGACCCAGAAGGCACGCCGAGAUAUGCUCGUACCACACACAUUUCCAAGGAACUUCUCCAGCCGAUUCAACGAGUUGAAUAAUUUUGUUAUCGAUGAAAUUCGUUACAUGGUUGGUGAGAGUUCUGUUGAUAGAGUAAUCGCUAUCAAGCCGAUCAUCAUGAAUAUCUGCGCCAAUGUUUUCUCGCAGUAUUUUGCCAGCUACCGCUUCGAUGUUGAAGACCACAAGUUUCAGAAGUUGGUCAAAAAUUUUGAUCGCAUCUUCUAUGAAGUAAACCAAGGCUAUGCGGCUGACUUUCUCCCAUUUUUGCUUCCGUUCCAUCGGAGAAACUUAAAGCGAAUUGAUCAGAUGACCGAGGAAAUCCGUGAGAUCAUGUUGAGUUCGAUCAUCAAUGAGCGUUACAAUAACUGGGUGGAAGGAAACACCGAAAUCGACUAUGUCGACAGUCUAAUCAACCAUGUCAAAACCAAAAUCGGUCCUGAUAUGGAUUGGGAGACCGCCCUGUUUGCAUUGGAAGACAUUAUUGGGGGUCAUUCCGCCGUCGCCAACUUCCUGGUUAAGACAUUCGGUUACAUUAUCCAGCAUACCGAAGUACAACAGAAAAUUCAAGCUGAAGUGGAUCGUGUUCUAGAAGAACAAGGCAAACACUACAUCGAUCUAUCCGAUCGCAAUCAGAUGCAGUACACCGAAGCAGUAAUCAUGGAGUCUCUUCGACUUAUCGCCUCGCCGAUUGUGCCGCAUGUUUCCAACCAGGAAAGCCAAAUUGGAGGUUACGAUGUGCCCAAGGAUACGCUAAUCUUUCUCAAUAAUUAUGACCUUAGCAUGUCCGACGAAUUGUGGGAAUCACCGGAACAGUUUAUCCCCGAGCGCUUUCUACAGAACGGUCGCGUGGUGAAGCCGGAUUUCUUCAUUCCAUUCGGAGCCGGACGUCGGUCAUGCAUGGGCUACAAAAUGACGCAACUAAUCAGCUUCUCGAUGAUUGCCAACAUACUGAGACAGUACACCAUCGCACCGCUGGCUGGUCACUCUUAUAACGUUCCUGCGGGAUCGCUAGCGAUGCCGGAGAAAUCGUAUGAAAUUCAAAUCAGUCCUCGACAUUGAAUUCCUGAUAUCCCUUUUACGCCACCCAAGUGCACCUUUUCACACCUACCUUUAAACAUGAUUAAUUCUUGAUUCACCUAUUAGGAAA